AUGGCCGUGGCUGCCGCUCUGACGAUCUCGAUAUCCUCCACUAUGGUGCCGCUGGCCCUGGGGACGGCCAUGGUCAUACCCACGGCCACCUCGCCAUCUACAAGCUCACGUCAGGACAACCAUAAGAAAAAAAACUCCCUUCCCCAGAAAAAGGGAAAAAAGAAAAAUCCCCACUCGAGAGACAAGGCUAAACCAGCUCCCCCCUUUUUGCGCUUCGCAGCGAGAAAGGAAAACGAAGAGGUUGAAGCUGUUUUUAUGUUUCCGCAUCGGGAAAAAGUCGCGCUUGUUUCCGGCGGCCAAAAAGCUUGGCAUGUGCUUUACCUAAACAAGCUAGCGCGCGCCUACUCCAACCCAAAAAAGGAAAAAGAGCGAAAAAGCCGCGACGACCUCUUGGUGACGGCGUUUGAGGAUAGCCGACGUUUUGACAACCUUGAGGACAACGCUGCUCUGCUAGGAGGGAAUUUUCCCCCUUUUCUUUUUGUUUUGCAUGGAGUUGGUUACUUUGACUGCAUUGAUGGACCAUGA